UAAACGAUGAGCGAGGACGUGACCGUUCACAAACACGAGCGGAUCUCAAAUGGCUCUUUAAGUCACAAUGGACCCGUUUGACAGCUCCGAUUCUUUGGAAGGCCCAUCAAAAGCGGCUGCGACAAAUGCAGAGUUUUCUGAGCCGUGGUCGCGCUUCUCCGCCUGGCUCGAGUGUGUGUGCGUCGUUACCUUCGACCUCGAGCUCGGACAAGCCAUAGAGCUUGUUUACCCCCAUGAUGUCAAACUCACAGAAAAGGAGAAAACAAGCAUCUGUUACUUGUCGUUUCCUGACUCAUACUCAGGAUGCCUCGGGGACACUCAGUUCAGCUUCAGACUGCGGCAGUCUGUGGGCCGCAGCAGUUCUUGGUUUGGACGAGAAGAUGUGUACAACAGGGAUGCCCCAGUGACCCUGCAGAAGGAGCAUGCCCAUUUGCACGGCUAUGUGUAUUUCAGACAAGUGAAAGAUGCGUCUGUCAAAAGGGGCUACUUUCAGAAGUCUCUGGUGGUGGUGUCAAGGCUUCCGUUUGUGAACCUCUUCCAUUCGCUGCUGCAGGUCAUCGCUCCUGAAUACUUUGAAAAGCUUGAACCUUGUCUGGAGACAGUAUGUAAUGAGAUUGACCAAUGGCCAGCACCAGUACCAGGACAGACCCUCAACUUACCUGUGAUGGGUGUGGUGAUGCAGGUCAGAAUACCCUCAAAAGUUGAAACAGCAGAAGGAAGCCCUGUAAAACAACAACAAACAGAGAAUCUGCUCCCCGCUCCCACAGUACUCCCAUCAGUUCAUGAGCUGGAUCUAUUUAAAUGUUUCCAGUCGGUCCUGAUUCACGUGCAGAUGCUUUGGGAGCUGAUGUUGCUGGGAGAGCCGGUGGUUGUAAUGGCACCUUCUCCAACCGUGUCCUCAGAGACUGUGCUGGCUCUGGUCAGCUCAAUUGACCCACUGCACUACUUUGGUGAUUACCGACCAUACUUUACCAUUCAUGACAGUGAAUUCAAGGAAUACACCACCAGGACUCAGGCUCCACCAAAUGUGAUAUUGGGUGUCACAAACCCUUUCUUUAUAAAGACCUUUCAGAGCUGGCCUCACAUUAUUCGCCUUGGAGAACUGAAGAUGUCAGGUGAUUUGCCAAAGCAAGUGAAGAUCAAGAAAUUGGCAAAGUUAAAAACACUGGAUACCAAAACAGGUAUCUACACUGCAUACAAGACCUUCCUACACAAAGACAAAACCCUCAUCAAACGACUUUUAAAGGGUAUCCAGAAAAAAAGGCCAUCAGAGGUGCAGAGUGCCAUUUUGAGGCGACAUCUCUUGGAGCAAACUCAGAGUUUCAUUCUUCCACUGGAACGGUAUUUGGAAACCCUCAUGCCUCCACAGAGAUCUGUGUCUCCAUGGAAGACGCCUCCACAGAUCCGGUCCUUCAAUCAGGAUGAGUUCAUGAAAACUCUGGAGCAGGCAGGACCACAACUAACACUGAAAGGAGAUUUUACAGGCCUGUACAGGCGUUUCUUCCGAUCUCCAAACUUUGAUGGUUGGUAUCGGUUCAGGCACAAAGAGAUGAGUCAGAAAGUGGAAUGUCUUCAUUUAGAGGCCAUCUGUGCGGCUGAUCUGCUGACAUGGACCAAAGACAAAUCGGAGGUGGAGAUUGUUGACCUCAUCCUGAAGUUGCGAGAGAAAUUGAUGAGAGCUCGAAAGCACCAGCUUCCAGUGAAAGAACAGCUUCUGGAGAGAUUAGAGCAGUCCAUCCAGACCAUCAUCAGCUCCUUGCCUGAGGACCUACAGACAGUGUUACACAGACAGUGACAAUCAGACCCGCAUCAACACACUGACCAGCAGAUAUGUCCUGAGAGUACCAGCCAGAUAUGAACCCAUAACACCUGCACAGGUAUCAAACCUCACCUCAUCCUCUGGUACACGCAUAUACCCUACCUGAGAGGCCUUUUAUUUUUGAUGAGUGAAACUGCAGACACUGCUGCUAUCCUAGAUGACACAAGAAGAACAGUCUCGGGUUAAGGUCAUUUGAAGUUAUCGUCCAGGCUUCAUAUGAGAUUUUAAAUGUUUGCUAAAUGACAUUUUAAAUGAACAAAUAUCAAGCGUUUAAAGCCUGCAGUCAGUUAGGACUGCAUGAACAUAAGAGGUUUUUUAGAAGUCAUUUACAUCUUUAGUCAAAUAGAUUAAAGGGAUAAUUCACCCAAAACAGAAACUUCUGUCAUCAUUUCCUCACCUUUUACUUGGUUCUUUCUUCUUGAACACAAAAGAAGUUAGUUUGAAAAUAUGAUGUAACCAUUGUAUGUUUAUCUUACUAUGGAAGUCAAUGGCUACUGGUUUCUAACAUUCUUCAAAAUGUCUUCUUUUGUGUUCAUUAGGCAAAAAAACUCAUAUAGGUUUGGAACCACUUGAGGGAGAGUUCAUUUGAAUUUUAGGGUGAACUAUUUCUUAAAUAAAAGGAUGAACAUUUUAAUUGGCAUAUGCAAUAUUUAAUUACCAUAUAAUUUUCAUAAACAUGUAAGACAUGUUUACUUGAAGCUUUUAGGAUUGUUAUAAUUUAUUUGAUUUAUUAAAUAUCAAUGCUUCUAUUCCGAUGAUGAUAUUAGGUGUUAUUUAGGGACAUUGUGUAUUUAUUUAUUAUUUAUUUGAACGCUUUACCUGACCCGAAGUGCACAGAAGAACCACUACGGCAUCGUUUUGCCUGUUUUUAUUACUUUUAUAUAUUAGAAGCUGAUCUUUUAGCCAAUUUUAUGACAAUUUAGGGCAGGAUUAACACACUGCUUUAAUCUAGUACAAUUAUGAUUGAUCUAUAAUCAUCAUUGACAUUUUAAAAUUGUCCUGCAGUAUGAAUGACUGAUGAGUGGAAGUGAAACUUGGUCACAUCAUAUUCUGUUUGCUAGUCACAAAUGUUACUUUUUUAGCAACCUGAACCUUUUUUUAAAGGGAAUGUUGUUGUUCUCUUCAGUUGUGACUAUUUCUGCACUACUUUUUUCAGGUAAUGUAGGUUUAUAUUGUAUGAUUGCUUGAUUUAAUUUAGCCAUUUUCUCAGUAUUAUAAAAUGUUUGAAAGUACCAUGUUUUUAUGGAUGGGACUGUUUUAUUAAAGCCUAUGUUUGAAUAAA